AUGGUUCUUUUACACAGAAGUACGCACAUAUUCCCUACUGACUUUGCCUCUGUUUCACGCGCCUUUUUUAAUAGGUACCCCAAUCCAUACUCUCCUCACGUGCUCUCAAUAGACACGAUAUCAAGGAAAAUAGACCAGGACGGGAAUUUGCGCACGACGAGGCUGCUAAAGAAGUCGGGCAAGCUACCAACCUGGGCCAAGCCCUUCUUGAGAGGCAUAUCAGAGUCGUGGAUAAUCGAGGUUUCCGUAGUGGAUCCCGCUAACUCCACCAUGAAGACGUAUACCCGAAACCUGGACCAUACAGGAAUUAUGAAGGUGGAAGAGUACACGACCUACCAGUUCGACAGUGCUACAAGCAGCACAAUAGCAGACAGCCAGGUGAAAUUUUCUAGCGGUUUCAAUAUGGGCAUAAAAUUUAAAGUGGAGGAUUGGUCGCGCACCAAAUUCGAUGAAAACGUGAAGAAAAGCAGAAUGGGCAUGGCUUUUGUCAUUCAGAGACUUGAAGAGGCAAGAAAUGCUCGAUUCUAG